CUGGGAAAGAGACCUCCUCAGGUGCGUCGACGCCAAAGGUGAUUGGCAGGGCUACGACGUUCCAUGAUAAGUAUUGGGCGCUCGAUUGGCAUCUGGGCGUCAAAGUCCUCUAUUGCGGCCCGGUCGUUUUCUUGAGAGAUUCCAGCGGGGCUUACUACCCCUGCGGUGGAGUGAAGAAUUACGCGUUUGAUAAACUGGAGGUUGCUGAGGAGUACAUGAGAUUUCACCUCACGACUUGCUUCGACGCUGAUGAUAACGAGGAACCGGACAACUACAAACAGGUGUCACUGCAUUUGGAGAAGUUCGUCGGGUACGGCAUGCGGGCCGCUGCUAUGCCUCCUUUUGAUAAGUCGUGGAAAAAAGACGGAUCGCUGGUUGUGAUGCUCCCUUUCGAUUUUCUCAAGAGAAUUAACUGCCACAAGGUGUCUAGCCAUGUGUGCACGGUGGACAGCAAAUUGGCGCUCUCGGAACCCCUCAUACCGUUCGAUAUUAAACUUGACGAGUUUGCAUUGAAGCUUCGGGCUUAUAAAUUGCAGGCGCUGAGCCAGGCUAUUCUACACAGUGCGAUCUCUGUUGGGUCGCCGCAUGGCGGUGGGGACCCGGGUGCUCGACAAAUCAGCUCGGCGGGAAUUACCGAACGUGAUAAGGUCGUAGAGAAGUCUGAGCCUGUCCAGAAGUUUGAUCUCGCACCACGAUCGCUAACGAAUACGGUGUCCAAACAGUUAUCGCCGGGUCUGAAGCGAUGGCAAGGUCCGGCGAAAGUUUCGUCUUCACGUCAUGAUGGUGGCAGCGAAGUUGGCGAGGAUCCUGAGAAGACGGAGGACAACUUAUCAGCUGAGCAACCUGUGCUUGAGAGAAAUGCUGAAGGGAACGAAGGACAUGACGAAGACGAAGACGAUCAGUUCACUGGCUACGACGGUGGUGACGGUGACGAACAGGGAGUCGGGGAUGGCGAGGAAGGGGUGGAAGACGAGGACGGAGGGGACGACGACGACGGUGGGGAUGACGAGGAAGACGGUGACGACCAUCAUGGGCUCAAAGAUGGCGAUGACGACGAGGGAACUGGGGUUCGGGGGGCGGAGGACGAAGACAGCUACGAAGCGGGGAGCGAAGGGGAAGAGGACGAAGCCAAUGAACACGGAGUGUCUGUCAAUGAGUCUCGCAAAUGCGCCGACAGUCAGAGGCUUCGCUCUGGAAACAAGGACAUGUCCGCAAGAUUUUACCAAACCCAUAACGGGGAAUUCCAGUACAAUCACAGACCCCUGAACGAGAUGUUGGUCACCUCCAUCAAAGACGUUAUGGAACGGUCAGAGAAACAGAAAGAGUGGGACAGAAACACCUUCAUUCUGGCUCCUGUUAUAGAAGUCACGUGGAACGGGCAGAAACAAUGGCAACGUUUGAAACCCAAGGACUGGAGGGACGAGGAUGUCAGUUCGUACCAUUGGUAUGUCGUGGCAGGCCAACACACGGCGGAAGUUGCGAAGAGGUUGGAGCGAGCGAACUCUCCCGCUGCCAGGAAAUGGGGCAUGCGGUCAUGGAAAGCGCGUGCGGUGUACUUCGAUGAUGACCAUCUUGACGGGUAUGCCUACAUUUCCGCAUUUGACAACACGAGGGAGACUCGAUCUAUCCCUUCGUCGUUCAGAAUGGUUGUCACCGCAAUAAGAGGGUUGUGGGGUCAUAUGCAAUGCCCGAGGGGCGACUGGCAUCUGGCGAAAACAAAAGAUGACAAGGUGGCGCAGCAGCAGAACUAUCACGCUUUUCUGCGCAAAGCGAUACGGAUGACACCAGACACCGAGCUCUGGAAUCAGUCGCUGAACAACAAAUUUGUCCGUAAUUGGUCCAACCUCUUGCAGCCGUUCAUGUGCCUUGCCACCACUGGCAACGCAGUGUGGCAAUUGGUGAACCGGUUCUUCGACAUGUGGGAGAAGGGGGAAUUGCCUGGGCAGGAUGGAGUCAGGCCGGUUGAUCAAGAGGGGAGGCCAGGCGAGGCGUCCGGGAAGGUCGUUGUCACCACCGGCAGGACUUUCGCCAAGAAACUGAUGAACAUGAACGACCUCUACACAGAAGUGCGUAGGGAGAGAUACAUGGUACGCAUGUUCAACUACGUGCUCUUCAAGUCGGAACGCAGGGGACAGCGUGAGUGGAAUGCCGAUUUCUUCAUCGGGUAUGAUGAUAUUAUGAAGAGGUUUGAGCUGCACGGGUUGACGAAAGAGAAAUGGGAGAAAAAGAAGAUGAAACUUCCAGAGGAUCUGACUCGUGCUGUGAAGAAAUUGAGUUGUCACCUUGCGGUGCUGGACCUGGCUCCCCACAAGAAUCUGGAUUCAUGGACGGAGCAGAGGUUUGUGGAACUUCAGCAAAUGAUGAUGACUCUGUGUGGGACACAUUGGAUACUCAUCAUUUUCAGUGGAUUGAAGGGCGAGGACUACAUUCUGAGGAACAUCUUCAGAAAGAUGCGCCGCAUCGACGCGAGGAUCUAUAACGAAGCGUUGGACCCUAAAGACCGUUUCGAUAUAAUGGACAGUGAGGAGGAUACCGAUGAUGACGAGAUCAACCUACCGCUGCCUGAUGCAAGAAACCACGCAGCUGACAAGAACAUGCGCACCGGGUCCUUAUCGGGGGGGGACCCGACGGUGGUUGAAGUCGGGGGACCGACAAUGGCCAGUUGCAAGACCGCCCAGCUCACACAUACGCAGACGUCAUCCGCAGGAGAUGGUACCGAGGCAAGCACUUCGAAAUGGAAAGACGAGAGAGGCGCCCCAGGAUUUCCAACGCUGAUGCGGCAAAUGUUCGACCACGUCAUGGGAAUGCCAACAGAGAACCAAACUCGUGGUCAACAUGACAACGCGGGGCCCGAGGAGGAUGACAUGUGUCUGGAGGACAAUCCGUUGUUCCACAUUCCAGACGACGAGGACAAAGAUCCAACUCCUGGAGAUGAAAUCGAAAGUCACAUGAAGGAGAGCAAAGGAGGACCUCACUUUUUGGACACCAAGUUCACAGAGACCGAGGUGUACAAAAGGGGCCAUCACAUCAUAUGGCAUCCAGGUGUUUUUGAGCCAUGUGUGUUUGAUCGCAAAUGGCACAUGGUUGUCCGAGUCGGAGGGAAGUGGAUAUUGAAGAAGAGACCGAGCAGGAGUAAGUUCCUUAAGACUGCAAAGGAACAGUUGUUGUUGCGCGUGCUGCAGGCAAACAAGGGUGCAGGAGAGCAAGAUAUCAGCGAAAAGGUGAACUCCGUAUUUGAAGYGCUGCUUCAAAACAAUCUUCUGGAGUAUUGCGYUGCUUUCUAUGAGAGAWAAUYGAGCCCUUCACGAGGACAGAUCAGAUGGGCAUUGGAKUGUCGUCAKACGGAACAAAUGUACGACAGUGACAUAUUGGUGGGRUGCACUCAAGCCAUGGAAGAGAAUAUCCGAAAUGGGUCUAGACAAGGAGCCGUUAAGACGAGUGUUGCUGAAAAGGAAGGGCGUGAGAGGAAGGACGUCAAAUGUAAACAACAGGGAACUCAUGAGGCAUUAGUUGAUGAGCUACUAAAAACGCCGUUUUCUGGGGGCGUUGGUGCAGUGCCAGGGGAAAAGACGGCAGGUCUGAGAUGUGGUGGGGAAGAGGCAGGAAAUACAAAGGAACAGGGGGAAAAGAAGGCCACAACCGACGAAGAUGCGGGAGAUGCCGGAGAUGGGGGUGCCCAACGGGUGCCCAGUGGACUGGGAGACCCGCUUUCGGCAGCCAACACAGCCAUGUCGUCACAUGGAGGACGGAGUGGGGGGGGGCACGAUGCGGGAGAUGCACUGGUAUUUGGAGGAGCAAGCCCGCGGGACACUACCAAGCCUUUAGCGGAUAACAGAGAUGAGGGGGACAAACUUUUGCACAUGGUAUGCACUGGUUGUGGCUCGCAGAUAGCACCAGACUCGAUGGAGAGGGAAGAAGGUGGUGGUAUGGAGGGAGUUCGUAUGACACAUGGUCGUGAAGCGGGAAAUAAUGAUGAGGAAGCCGACGGGGAUGCAAACCUCGAACACAACAUGAACGUGGACAGCGAGGAUAGAUUGGGAAAGGAAGCUUCCUGCCGUGGCAGAUCCGGCGGCAGCAGUUUGAACGUAAUCAACUUGAUCGAGCAAUCAGGUGAGAACGGAGGAAAGUCACACAGUGAAGGAAGAUCGUUGCCAUCAGCCGAGCCAACACAAAUGGACCAUGCUUUGCAUGAUGGGGCUGAGGGAAGGUGCAGUCUGAAGCGUGAAACAAGAGAGGAAAAAUAUGAAUGCUGUGUGCGGCGCUCAAAGAGAGGCAGGGAGAAGAAAGCAGCAUAGCACACACGCAUGUGCAUGUGUAUAUGUCUUGCAGUGACGUGUGUGUGUGUGUGUGUGUGUGUGUGUAUGUGCAUAUGCGUAUGUUGUGAGCGUA